AGGUUGGCGCGGAAUCGAGCGAUUCGGGGACCAUGGCGAUGGUGCCAGGCGACAACUGCGAGCCGGGGCCGAGCGCUGAGUCAGAAUCAGGGGGUUUUGCAGUUUCUCGAUCCCGGCGAGAAAAGAAAUCAACAAAAGGACGCCAAGAAGCUCUAGAAAGACUGAGAAGAGCUAAAGCUGGUGAAAAGUAUAAAUAUGAGGUUGAGGACUUCACAAGUGUGUAUGAAGAGGUCGAUGAAGACCAGUAUUCAAAGCUGGUUCAGGCACGCCAGGAUGAUGACUGGAUCGUGGAUGACGAUGGUAUUGGCUAUGUGGAGGAUGGCCGAGAGAUUUUCGAUGAUGACCUUAAAGAUGAUGCUCUUGAUGCCGGCCAGAGAGGAAAAGAUAAAGGAUCCACCAAAGAGAAGAAGAAUGUAAAGAAGGUUUCAGUGACAAGACCAAAUGAUAUCAAAUCAAUGUUCAUUGCUAGUGCUGGAAAGAAAACUGCAGAUAAAAACGUGGACUUGUCCAAGGAUAAUCUACUAGGUAACCUUCUACAGGAUCUGAGCACGGAGAAAUCUCAAAUUACCGUCCCACCUGUAACAAUACCGAAGAAGAAAAGAAUCAUUGGAGCUAGAAGUCCAUUCUUGGUGGAAUCCCCCAAGGCAGUCUUUUCAGGAAAAGCAGCUUCCCCUGUGCAUCAGUUUGCUGAUAAGUCUGGCAUCAGGCAGAAGGCCAAGGGCGCUGAGCAGUUGCAGAGUGCUGUCACACAAGGAGGCCCUGUCAAAGUGGAACGUGGCAGAGGUUCUGAAGGAGACACAGCGCAGGCUGCACGUCCGGAAGACAAAGAGGAGCCGGAGGCCAUAGAUUUCGAAGAUGGUGAUUUUGAUGAUCCUAUGGAACUUGAGGUGACCGUGGAGCCUGUUACUGCUAAGAUACAUGACCACAAGAAUGAACCAGCCAAAGGGGUGAAGCACGUGGCAGAGCCCUGGAAAGAGACCAAGGCACACUUAGGAAGUACUGUCUCCAAUGAUUCUUAUAUGGACAUGGGUGAGGAAGAAGAGGAAAGCUAUUUAUCUCAGGAUGCUCACUUGGAUAACAGUCACCUCCCACUGACGAAAGGGGAAAAUGGGGAGCAAAUGUUGCAGUUUUAUUGGCUGGAUGCUUACGAAGAUCAGUACAACCAACCAGGUGUGGUAUUCCUGUUUGGCAAAGUUUGGAUUAAAUCAUUCAGUUCCCACAUGAGCUGCUGUAUCAUGGUGAAAAACAUUGAGCGGACGCUCUACUUCCUUCCCCGUGAGACGAAGAUUGACCUAAAUACAGGGAAAGAAACUGGAACUCCAGUGACAAUGAAAGAUGUCUAUGAAGAAUUUGAUGGUAAAAUAGCAACAAAAUAUAAACUUAUGAAAUUCAAGUCUAAGAUAGUGGUAAAGAACUAUGCUUUUGAGAUUCCUGAUGUCCCAGAAAAAUCUGAGUACUUGGAAGUUAAAUACUCGGCAGAAUUACCACAGCUUCCUCCGGACUUGAAAGGGGAAACGUUCUCUCAUGUAUUUGGGACGAACACAUCUAGCUUGGAACUGUUCUUGAUGAACAGAAAGAUCAAAGGACCUUGUUGGCUUGAAAUAAAAAAUCUACAGUUCUUGAAUCAACCAGUCAGUUGGUGCAAAUUUGAGGCAAUGGUUUUGAAGCCAGAACUGGUGAAUGUAAUUAAAGAGAACUGUCCUCCUCCACUUGUGGUGAUGUCUUUGAGCAUCAAGACAGUUCAGAAUGCAAAGACACACCAAAAUGAGAUUGUUGCUCUAGUAGCUUUGCUCCAUCAUAAUUUUGGACUGGAUCGAGCGGCCCCCCAGCCUCCUUUUCAGUCCCAUUUCUGUGCUGUGUCCAAACCACAGGACUGCAUUUUUCCAUAUGAUUUCAAAGAAAUUAUUAUGCAAAAGAAAAUGAAGCUUGAGAUUGCCUCAACAGAAAGAACACUGCUAGGUUUUUUCCUGGCAAAAGUCCACAAGAUUGAUCCUGAUGUCAUUGUGGGCCAUAAUAUUUACGGGUUUGAUCUGGAAGUGCUACUGCAGAGAAUCAAUGCGUGUAAAGUUCCUCAUUGGUCUAAGAUAGGUCGACUGAAGCGAUCCAACAUGCCAAAACUUGGGAGCCGGAGUGGUUUUGGUGAAAGAAAUGCUGCCUGUGGUCGAAUAAUCUGUGAUACGGAAAUCUCAGCAAAGGAACUGAUUCGCUGUAAAAGCUACCAUUUGAGUGAACUGGUUCAACAUAUUCUGAAGACGGAAAGAAUUCCGUUGCCAAUAGAUGAUGUCCAAAUAUUGUACAGUAAAUCUACUCAUCUUCUGUACCUGUUGGAACACACCUGGAAAGAUGCCAGCUUCACUUUGCAGAUCAUGUAUGAGCUAAAUGUUCUGCCAUUAGCACUGCAGAUCACUAACAUUGCUGGGAACGUUAUGUCCAGGACGCUGAUGGGUGGACGAUCUGAGCGUAAUGAGUACUUGUUACUUCAUGCGUUUUAUGAAAACAACUAUAUUGUGCCUGACAAGCAGAUUUACAGAAAGCCUCAGCCAAAACUGGGAGAUGAAGAUGAAGAAAAUUAUAGCGAGACCAGUAAAUACAAGAAAGGACGUAAGAAAGCAGCAUAUGCUGGUGGCUUGGUAUUGGACCCCAAAGUUGGUUUUUAUGAUAAGUUCAUUUUGCUUCUGGACUUCAACAGUUUAUACCCUUCCAUCAUUCAGGAAUUUAACAUCUGCUUUACGACUGUACAAAGAGUGGCUUUUGAGGCACAGAAAAUUACAGAGGAUGGUGAACAAGAACAGAUCCCUGAGUUGCCUGAUGCCAACUUGGAAAUGGGCAUUUUGCCCCGAGAGAUCCGGAAACUGGUAGAGCGGCGCAAACAAGUCAAACAACUAAUGAAACUUCCAGACUUAAACCCAGACCUUGCUCUUCAGUAUGACAUUCGGCAGAAGGCUCUGAAGCUCACGGCGAACAGUAUGUACGGCUGCCUGGGAUUUUCCUACAGCAGAUUCUACGCCAAACCAUUGGCUGCUUUGGUGACAUACAAAGGAAGGGAGAUUUUGAUGCACACAAAAGAGAUGGUACAAAAGAUGAAUCUUGACGUUAUUUAUGGAGAUACUGAUUCCAUCAUGAUAAACACCAACAGCACCAACCUGGAAGAAGUAUUCAAGUUAGGGAACAAGGUCAAAAAUGAAGUGAAUAAGUUGUACAAACUGCUCGAGAUAGAUAUCGAUGGUAUUUUCAAGUCUCUGCUGCUGCUGAAGAAAAAGAAAUAUGCUGCCCUGGUGGUGGAGCCAACGUCGGAUGGGAAUUAUCACACCAGACGGGAGCUGAAAGGAUUAGAUAUAGUUAGAAGAGAUUGGUGUGAUCUUGCCAGAUGCACUGGAAACUUUGUCAUUGGUCAGAUUCUUUCAGAUCAAAACCGGGACACCAUAGUAGAAAACAUUCAGAAGAAGUUAAUAGAAAUUGGAGAAAAUGUGCUAAAUGGCAAGGUCCCAGUGAGACAGUUUGAAAUCAACAAGGCAUUGACAAAGGAUCCUCAGGAUUACCCUGAUAAAAAAAACCUACCUCAUGUCCACAUUGCCCUCUGGAUCAAUUCUCAAGGAGGCAGAAAGAUGAAAGCUGGAGAUACUGUGUCGUACAUCAUCUGCCAGGAUGGGUCAAACCUCACCGCCAGUCAGAGGGCCUAUGCACCUGAGCAGCUGCAGAAACAGGACAACUUAACCAUUGAUACCCAGUACUACCUGGCCCAGCAGGUCCACCCAGUAGUAGCUCGUAUCUGUGAGCCAAUAGACGGGAUUGAUGCUGUGCUCAUUGCAUCAUGGUUAGGACUUGAUCCCGCCCAAUUUAGAGUUCACCAUUAUCAGAAAGAUGAAGAGAAUGAUGCUUUCCUAGGUGGCCCAGCACAACUCACCGAUGAAGAGAAGUACAAGCACUGUGACCGGUUUAAAUGCCCAUGUCCUACGUGUGGGACCGAGAAUAUUUAUGAUAGUGUCUUUGAUUGUUCGGGAACCAAUGUGGAGCCCAGCUUGUAUCGUUGCAGUAACAUCGAUUGUAAGGCUUCGCCUCUGGACUCAACAGCACAGAUGAGCAAUAAAUUGAUCUUGGACAUUAGACGUCGCAUUAAAAACUACUAUGACGGCUGGUUGGUAUGUGAGGAACAGACAUGUCGGAAUCGAACUCGGCACCUUCCCCUUCAGUUUUCCCGAAAUGGACCUCUUUGCCAAGUCUGCAUGAAAGCAACACUUCAACCAGAGUAUUCUGACAAGUCCCUGUACACCCAGCUGUGCUUUUACCGGCACAUUUUUGAUGUGGAUUAUGCACAGGAGAAACUUAUUACCGAUCAUGAGAAAGAGAAAUUGAAGAUUUUAACCCCCAGAGUUAAAGAGGACUACAAAAAACUCAAGAACACAGCAGAGCAGUUUUUAUCCCAAAGUGGCUACUCCGAAGUGAACCUCAGCAAGCUCUUUGCUAAUUGUACCUUGAAGAUCUAAGGGAAUCCCAGAAGCCAAUGGGGCAAGGGGCCAGUAGUGGCUGGGUCCCUACUUCCUCUGCACCUCUACUUCCUCUGUACCUCGGCUGUGUCUCACAUGGGUGUGGAUGUGACCUGGGGACAGGGAAUGACCAAAGGAAGGUUGCAAAGAUAUUUAAUGUACCAAGAGCCAGCGAAAAUAAAAAUAGCCUUCAUAUUUAUAAUGUACCACUUUUAAGCCCAACUCCGUAGCCCUUGCCAAAUCACCAGGAGAUCCAGUUUCUUCGUGUUAUGGGCUGGGUUUCUAGGAGAGGCAGGAAGGGAGUGACAAGACGUAGCUCUAGAGUAUUUAGUAGAGAGAGUUCCAGAAAGAAGUGAGUGGAGCUUGGCCGGGGGCUGUGAACACUUUGCCUUUUCACACACCAGUUGAACCCAAUGUAAGCCCACAUGUCUCCCCCAGCCACUUGCUCUUGUCUAAGUGGAGGGCAAGAUGGAGAGGCUUUGUACUUACUAAACAAAGCUACUUGUUCAUUGUAUUGCUCCAAAGUCCACCUCAUGUACACACACUCAUGCACAUUCUUUGAACAGGUGUUUUAUACGCACAUUCCCACCCCCACCCCCCUUCUUAAGUAGAAACUUGAGGUAAAGGUUUAUAUAAUAGGAAAACAACAUUUAAAAUAAGUCAAUGUCCUUAACUAUUCAUUUGAAUCAGACAGAGGUGAAGGUGAGGUUCGCUGUGUCUGGGAUGGGGUGUACAGAACACGGGGGGAGAGGGGGGCUGAGUUGGCCCUGGUGCUACUUUUCAUAUUCCUGAAGAAUGGCGUGCUCUUCACUAGACGCACACUGUGUUUCGAGGUAACAUCCUUUUUUUUUCCACAUCAUUGGUAAGAUUAUACUAACAAGAUAUAUUUCCUCUUGUACAACUGUAUUUUUUAACUCUCUACCUGUGUGUUCUUAACAAAAAUGAUGCUGUGCUCUUCGCUGAGGAAUAAAGUUGUUUGCAGGGAAA